CAGAAUCCGUUCCCAUGUAAAACACCGGAAUGAAAAAACCUUCAUUUUCCAGAUAUUUACAUUCGCAUACCAUCUCCUCAAUCCCACCCUUCCUCUUCAAUUUCCAUCUCUCCGUCUCCCUAACAUUUGUUGGGAAGAUAUGGCGGCCAAACUGGGUUCCUUCAAGUACAGUUUUGCGGAGAAGAGGGAGCGGCUGCUCUCAUCCAAGGGCUACUCGGUACUCGCAGGGUUCAACCCCAUAGGAGCAGACGAAGAAGAAGAAGAAGAAGAAGGAGAAGAAGCUGCCAACAGGUGUUGGUGUUCCUCGUUUCGGUCGGUGUCGGACAGAGUUUCGAGGUCAUGGAAGACCGUCCAAGAUGUGGCUUACGAAGCCUGGAAGAUGGGCCUGUCCGACCCGAGGAAGAUCGUCUUCUCCGCGAAAAUGGGCCUGGCCCUCAUGCUCAUUUCGUUGCUCAUUUUCUUGAAAGAGCCGGUCAAGGAGCUCAGCCGCUACUCCGUUUGGGCUAUUCUCACCGUUGUCGUAGUCUUUGAGUUCAGUAUAGGAGCAACUCUUAGCAAAGGAUUUAACCGUGGGUUGGGGACGUUGUCAGCUGGAGGGCUUGCUUUGGGAAUGGCAGAGUUGUCACAAUUGGCUGGAGAAUGGGAAGAAGUUUUUAUUGUUUUGAGUAUCUUCAUCGUAGGAUUUUGUGCAACUUAUGCAAAAUUAUACCCCACAAUGAAGCCUUAUGAAUAUGGGUUUCGGGUCUUCUUGAUUACGUACUGUUUCAUUACGGUAUCUGGGUAUAGGACAGGGGAAUUUAUUAAUACAGCUGUGACCCGGUUUGUUCUCAUUGCACUUGGUGCCGGUGUUUCUUUGGUAGUAAACAUAUGCAUUUAUCCCAUCUGGGCUGGCGAGGAUCUGCACAAUUUGGUUGCGAAGAAUUUCAUGGCUGUUGCAACAUCUUUGGAAGGUUGUGUUAAUUGUUACCUUAAUUGUGUUGAAUACGAAAGGGUCUCUUCAAAGAUUCUUACCUAUCAAGCUUCCGAUGACCCAGUGUACAGUGGCUACAGAUCAGCUGUAGAAUCUAUAAGUCAAGAGGAUGCUCUGAUGGGAUUUGCUAUUUGGGAGCCACCCCAUGGUCCUUACAAAAUGCUUAGAUAUCCAUGGAAGAACUAUGUCAAAUUAAGUGGUGCACUGAGGCAUUGUGCAUUUAUGGUCAUGGCUUUGCAUGGAUGUAUACUUUCAGAAAUACAGGCCCCUCCUGAAAAAAGACAGGUUUUUCAACGUGAGCUUCAGAGAGUAGGUUCUGCAGGUGCUAAAGUGUUGCGUGAAAUUGGGAACAAAGUGAAAAAGAUGGAGAAAUUAGGUUUUGUAGACAUACUUGAUGAGGUGCAUGAAGCUGCAGAAGACUUGCAAAACAAGGUUGACCAGAAAUCGUACCUCCUUGUCAAUUCUGAGAGCUGGGAAAUUGGAAACCGACAGGAGCUGGUCGAUCCCCAGGACAUUCUGAAUUUGGAUGAAAACGAAAAUAAGAUCCUGCAACACAAGUCCCUUAGUGAAGCCGUACUCGAUCUCAGAUCAGUUAAAGUUCCAAAGAGUUGGGAUGGCCAGAUCCCAACUUCCAUGAGCUCUACCCUUCCUGCUGGUGUUCCUCAAGAAAACAUGCUCAUGAAACAAAUAUCCUGGCCGCGACGAAUAUCAUUUAAUGCUGAUGCAGUACCAAUAGAGAUAGAAUCAAAAACUUAUGAAAAUGCUAGUGCAUUGGCAUUAGCGACGUUUACAUCCCUUUUGAUUGAAUUUGUUGCAAGGCUUCAGAAUCUUGUUGACUCAUUCGAAGAAUUAAGUAACAAAGCAAAUUUUAAAGAUCCUGAUGAGCACCCAGCAGCAGUUGAGGCUGAUGGGUUUUGGAACAGAUUGUGUAAUUGUCUAAAGUUCUAGAAUUCAAUGUGGCCUCUGCUCAGUUAAAGAUCAUGAAACAGAUGUCCUAUUACUCGAUCUGUCAUUAUUCAGGAGGUAUAUUUCUCUCUCAAAUUGAAGUCUGAAUUAGUCAGUUCUUGUUGCCAAUGCUAUUUGAGAGAAAUUCUGAUAGAGAACUUGCAAUCCAUGCGAUCAAACUGGAUGCUGAGAAUAGAUCUGACUGAACUCUUGUAUCUGACUAACGCUAUAAAUCGACAAUGUAGAAUACACUUUGACGUCAUAAUAUAAUUCUCUUAUUAUGUA